AUGGAAAAAGGUAGAUUGGAAAAUGCCACGGAUACAGAACAGACUAUUUUUGAAUUAAAACGGAGACAUGAAAGGGACAAACAGAUUAUGACAGAAGAUAAUUCUAAAUUAAGUGCCCAAGUUGUAAUUUUAAAGGAAUCAAUGAAUCGAUUUCAAAACGAACGUUCUAAUUUGGAAUUAGAGUAUGAGCAACUGCGAUGUAAGCAAGAUGCUUUAGUACAAUGGGAAUCACAGCUCUCUGAAAUAAUUCAAUGGGUUAGUGACGAAAAAGAUGCUAGGGCAUAUUUGCAAGCACUGGCAACAAAAAUGACUGAGGAAUUGGAUUUUUUAAAACAUACAGGAGUAUCAAAUGUUGUGAGCGGGUCAGAUAAAAAUUGGAGAAAUAGAAGAUCACAAAAAUUGGAUAAGAUGGAAUUGCUUAAUCUACAAAGCUCACUACAAUCAGAAAUACAGGCGAAACAAGCUAUAAAUGAAGAUUUAAGCAAAACUAGGGAAGCUCUAAUGGCCGCUCAGAAGUAA